AUGAUUCGGGAUUCAACUUCUUCAACUUUAAGAUUUAUCCCCAACUAUUCAACGGUCACUUGCUGUAAAAGUGAGACUGAAAGUGCCUUAAUUGGAAAAAGUAUGACUAGAUGUUCAGCGCCCAGAGAAAUUAGUGUCAGGUUAGACAAUCAACCUUCAAACCCCCAUCCUUAACUGCAUCACUAAUGUGUAUCAAUUUUUCAGUGAAGAAACGACAGAAAAAAGCGGAAGGAAGAGCCCGAAAUCGCCGAUUGAUCCUAAGAAGUUACCUAAAGUCCCUGCGUGCUGCCGAAAUGGCGAUGAGUGCACGGUGGCCGGGAACUGUGUAUGCAAACCACCAAAGCCUACCGGACCCAAUGAUGCCAACCAAAACCCGACAAGCUCCAGAGAGACCUAUGAUGUUUUUCUGGGUGGAUCGUGUGGAACCACAGUUUGGCGCCGGCAAUCCGUUAUUCCAUUUCUGAAAAAGCGCGGGAUCACUUAUUAUGAUCCGCAGAGAAGCUUCUGGAGCGAAAAUAUGAUUUAUGAGGAGUCGAUCGCCAAAGAGGUAUGAUUAGCUGAUCAUCUUAUCAGCACAACAUCCGUGCAUAGCUGUAAAAUCCUAUUUUUCAGAGCUCAUCGCUGUUUCUCUUCGUCAUUGAUCCGGCUACAGUAAAUGCUACCAGCUUUCUGGAGAUUGCCUACUUUGCCGCAAGAAAAUCGCCUAAACUUGUUGUUGUCUUCCUAGGGAAAACUGAAUGGGCCGAGAAAGCACACCCCGAAGACCUUCCCGACCGAAAUCGGACUUGCCAGCUCCUUGACCGGAUUUUAGAAUGCCACCAAGUACCAAUGCUUCAUACUAUACCAGAAGCGCUUGACUUCAUUGAAGAAGAAAUGUUAGGACGUCAAACUUUUGGAGAAGCGAUGAAAUCGAAGAAUAACCGGUUACCGUACAUUCAAAUCCGAGCACGACGAGUGGUGCGGAAUGUGAAAAGUGUGGCUGCUCAUACUGUUAAAAUCUGCAAAAGCUACGCGACCAGCACAGUCAUCGCCGGACUCAUAGACACUGCUAUUCUCCUUGUUUUUUUCUUUACCGGACCAGCAUGGCCCCUCUACUACGUCCUUAUUCCAGUUCUUCUGAUUACCGCUGCAAUUUUGGGCGUCUAUCACCACAUCAAACAUCUCCAAAGGCGUUACCCUCGAAUGGUUGGAGACUCCUCGGCAAUCAUGUACAAUGCCACGCCGGCUAUUCCUUCCCCAAGAGUAACCGUGAAGACAACGAGUGUUAAUGGGACUAUUAGAACAACAACAAUGAUGCGUAGGCGGUCCAAGCAGAACUUUGAGAAGCUUUUCCCGGAAGAAACGCAAUCCACCUUCAUUCUUCCGCAAAAUUUUCUGCCGAAAAAGUGAGCAAAAGAGUGGGAGUUGGGUUUAUUCAAGUCGACAUUUUUCAGGGAGACCAAAGUGAACAUUGACUGCUCGGUAGUGGAGCUUUGCUCUAGCUCUCUUGAUGACAACAACUGGGUCCAGGAACUAGCAGCACCAACCUUGAAGUAAGUUGAAUUUAGAUAAACUAAAAUUUAUCGAUUGAAUUUCAGCGGCAAAGGAACUCCUUACUCCUACGUGCUGGCCACCCCUAAUUUCCAACUCGAAAGCCGAAUGAACUGUCUGCAAACCUGGUUCCACCACCACAAAAAGUUCUUCUACUAUAUUCCAUCGACGACAACGUUCCUCUCCGGCAUGGUUGAGGUAGGGUACUCCGAACUUCUACUUCUUCCCCCUAUUGAAUGACACCAACGCGUGUUGCAUGUGCCUAUUAAACAUCGAACCUUAUCGUGAAUAGUCAUAAAAGCCCAUAAAUAUGUAUUUCUGACGUAAUUUCACUUGAUUUCUGAAAGAUCAAAAGUGACAGCAAAUGUCAGAUGUUCCCUUCCGUCCUCCUGACCGUUUUAUCACGCAUUAGAACUGAAACUGAAACUGAAACUCUAGAGAAAAGAUGUAGUUUAGUGCUGAAAUGUUGACCUGAAUACAUAUAAUUUUGUUUCAGAUUGCCUACAUUCUCGGCCAUACCAACUGGGAAGGUACUGUGUGUGUCCCUUCCACGUCACAAAUCCUUGAAGGACCUGAUGAUAUCGCGGAAGACGAGAAAGACCACACCAGAGCAGCACGUCGGCGUCGGAAUGAUUGCUAUCAAAUCGCGUUUUGCUAUCUUAAGGUACUAGCAUCACUUUUUUCUUCAAAAAGUUUUCGCUCAUUUCCGAGUGGGAUUACGUUAGGAUAUUCGGGAGCUCGGACGGAUAUUUGUGGAAAAUAAUGACGUGUAUCUUUUUUUGCUGCAUACAUAAGUCGAUGAGCUUCUUUUCCGUCCUCCUUUUCUUUUUCGGAAGAAGAAAAAGGAGGGGGGGGAAGAAUUCGAUCCGAUGUUUCCAAAGCGAGUUUGUUUUAAGAUCAGGUUACAUGAAUGAGAAAGAGAUGGGGAAAAUAAGAAAAAGAGCAGGCCUCCGAGCCGAGCAGCCUAGCGAUCCUAUAUAUUUUGGCAAAACAACACUUAUGACAUCAUCGCGUGCUCACUCAAGAGAACUUUGAGAGAGCUAAAAACCUGAUCAGGGACCAACAUUACUCAAUUUUUGCAGGAUAUGGCAAAACGACGACAAUGCCGAGUAUUCACUGAUAUCGCCGUUGCUGUCAAAGCCCUCGUGGAUCCAUCGAUUCGUGGGGUUUGA